CGGGUCCCCUGUGCUCAGUUCCCUGUGCGCGUGCGCAUGGAAAGCAGGGACAGCCGGGGCAUGGCCCCAGAUCGGGGUCUGGUCUCAGCGAGACAGAGGCCAUGGCAGGAUCCUGGGACAGGGACUCAGGUGGGGGAUCCUGGCCUCGGUCCCGUCCGAGCCCGCCGCUUCCUGCUGUGUCUCUACCUGGUGGGCUUCCUGGAUUUGUUGGGUGUCAGCAUGGUCGUCCCUUUACUAAGCCUUCACGUCAAGUCUCUGGGAGCAAGUCCAACCGUGGCUGGGAUAGUAGGCUCCUCCUAUGGCAUUUUACAGCUCUUUUCCAGCACAUUGGUGGGCUGCUGGAGUGACAUCGUGGGAAGACGGCCUUCCUUGCUGGUGUGCCUUCUGUGCAGCGCCCUGGGUUAUCUCAUUCUUGGAACAUCAACCAACGUGUUCCUCUUUGCCCUCGCUAGGGUCCCUGUGGGUAUUUUUAAGCACACACUCUCCAUCUCAAGGGCCCUGCUCUCUGAUCUGGUCACCGAGAAGGAGCGGCCACUGGUGCUCGGCCAGUUCAACACGGCAUCUAGUGUGGGCUUCAUCCUGGGCCCUGUGGUUGGAGGGUAUCUGACAGAACUGGACGGUGGAUUUUAUCUAACAGCCUUCAUCUGCUCUUCUGUCUUCGUCCUCAAUGCGGGUCUCGUUUGGCUGUUUCCGUGGACCGAAGUACAGCUCAAUGCGCUGAACGAUGGCCUGGGACAGGGAAAGAAUCAAGCACUUUGGGGAAAGUCAGACUCUGCCGUACCAGCAGGGACUACAGCGGGUGACAGGACAGCCGGGCAGCCCUGGGGAGAGGUCCUGGCCACGCUGCGGGGCCUGAAGAGCCUGACGCGCCCCGGCCUGUGGGACGUGUAUCUGAUGCGCUUGCUGAUGGCCGUGGCAGUCAUGCUUUACCACAGCAACUACGUCCUGGCCCUGGAGGAGCGCUUCGGGGUGAGGCCCAGGACAGCAGGCUACCUCAUCAGCUGCAGCAGCGCCCUGGGGGCCCUGUCGGGCUGUGCCCUGGGGCCGCUCCUGCGCUUGUACAGUCACUCCUCGCAGCGGGUCCUGCUGCACUCCAGCGCGCUCACGUCUGCGCUGCUGCUGCUCUUCUCCACCGCGCGCAGCGUGGGCGUGGCUGUCGCCUGCUCCUUGCUCCUGGCCUUCUCCACCUCCAUCGGCAGAACAUGCCUCACCGACCUCCAGCUGACCGUCGGUGGCGGUGCGCGGGCUGGCGGCACCCUCCUGGGCUUGGGGCAGUCUGUGACGGCCGUGGGUCGCAUCAUCGCCCCCCUUCUGUCCGGGGUGGCCCAGGAGCUCAGCCCCUGCGGCCCCCCUGGUCUGGGUGCUGCGUUAGCCUUAGUGGCUGUUGUCAUCAUGUCACUACAUGGACCUCAGUCUGGUGGUGACGACAGGGGCGCUAAGUUAAAAAGAGAGUAGCUGGAUCUGGAUAGGACAAAGGGGCGAGACCAGCGGUCUGUGAACGGCAGCACAAGUGCUGUGGAAAGGGUCAGAAAGAAAGUUCUUUGCAACAGGCGGUGCUCUGCCGGGCGUCCAUCAGGCCUGUGGGAGGAGCAGAAUCCACAGUACACAGGAGAUGCGAGCUGGGCUUUGCCGGAGGGGGAGGUGUGCAGUGUUUUCCUAAGACUCUCUUCUCCUGGCCCAGCGAGGUUAGCAUUUUCAAGGGGACAAAAAGCUGCCCAGGGCAAGACAGAGAGGUGAUGGGGAGGCUAACAGAACGUUUAUGCAAAGAAGGAGGUGACUGCAGGGAUGACCCUGCUGAGUAAAAACAGGGUCACCCGUGAAUAACACCCUGUUCAGCUGGGCAUAGGUGUCAGGUUCAGUUCCACUGCUGAAAGGAACCUCUUCUGCUGUCCAAAUCCCUGAGAUUAAAGAAGAUGCUUUAUUAAAACCAGCCUGUCACUUUCUCAAGUCAUAACGAGGUUCUGUCCAGGGAGCUGGUGAGAACCCAGAUGCCUGGCCUCAUCCUGGGAGACAGAGCCUGUGAGCCUUGGUGAGGUGUAGAAACCUGGUGUUUUUAAUGAGCUUCUCAUGGCAGUAGAAAAAGGAUCAUCCUGAGACCUCCCAGUUUUGAUUAAAGUAAAAGCCAGAGA